AUGUGUGGGCUGCCCAGAUGCGGCAAAACGUCGAUCAGUAAAGUGGUGUUUCAGAAGCUCUCGCCACACGAAUCCCUCUUCCUGGAGUCCGGCAUCAAGUUGGAGACUUUCACCAUUGUGCACAACAGCCUGUUGCGGUUGAAGCUGGUGGAUUUUCCUGGAAACCUUCUGCUCGAUGACUCUCUCAGUCUGCAUCCAUUGGACGCUUCCGUGUUCAGUGGGCCAUGUGUAGUGGUACUUGUGAUCGACGCUCAGCAAGAAGAUGCGUACACAUCGAGUGUGGCUAAAGCAAGAAAAGUUAUAGAGUUUGCAUGCAAGCGCAAUCCUGACGUCACGUUCGAUGUGUUGCUCCACAAGGUGGACGGCGCCAAGUUCUACACAGACGGGAGAAAAGAAGAAGUGAAAAAAGCUGUGGAAGACAAGCUGACCGAAGAGAUGUCAGACAAGGAGAAGGCAAACAUCUCCUUCCAUUGCACCAGCAUCUACGACCAUACCGUCUUCGAGGCAUUCAGCCAAGUUGUGCAGAAGCUGAUACCCGAGCGACCAACUUUGGAGAAAUGCUUGGAAGCCGUGAGCCAAAACACGCGGAUGGAGAAAGUCUACCUUUUCGACGUCGUCUCAAAGCUCUACCUGGCCGCCGACAAGACCAACUCGGAGCUUUCCUGGUACGAGCUUUGUGCUGACAUGGUGGACGUGGUGAUUGACAUAGCCUGCAUUUACGGCAACGGCUUGGAGGACAACAAAGAUGCCGGGUGCGAGUUCCAGCUGCACAACAAUGCCGUCCUUGUUCUCAAGGAGGUCGGUCAUUGCUUGGCGCUGGUUUGCGUGUUCAAAGGAGAUGAUGCUUGCUUUGAUCGACAAGAGCUCCUGGAACACAAUGUGGCUGUCUUCAAAGAGGCGUUGAACAAGGUGUGUCCUGUGAAUCUUCCAAAGCGGGGUUGGCGCUGA